AUGUCUUAUAGAAAAUCAGAACGAGAAAAAUUAUUAAAAAAAAUCGCUGAGAAACGAGCAGCAAUGGAAAAUUGUGAUGUUAAAGUUAAAGUACCCAAAUUUAGUUUACCUCCAGAAUACACCAUUCAAUCUAAUCCUUUAUUUCAACUUCCACGGGAACUUGUUAAACCUACAUUAGCUUCCGGUUAUCCGGGGUAUAAAAGGAAAUUAGCUAUCUCUCAAAAGAAAGCCACUGCACAGAAAGCAAUGUUAGCAUCUUAUACUUAUCAACGGCAACGCAGAGAAGAAUUUCGUAAACGUUUAGUAAAUUUAAUCUGUUCAGAAGAAAAGGAAGAUGAUCUAGAUGAUAUUUCAAAUGCUGAGGAUAAGGAACUGUUGAGAUAUUAUAAUUAUAUAAGACACGGUGUUGAUACUAUCCACGUGUCUCCAAUGGAUCAAAAAGUUUUAGAUGAAUUUCGUGAAAUUUUAUCGACUGCUAUUGAAGAAACGAAAGAAGAUUUUACGAUGGUUAUUAAAAAAGCGAUCGUAGAUUUUGCACUAAAAGAUCCCGCGCUUGUAGAAGAUCAAUCGACGGAAUUUGAUUCGGCUGAAAGGCGAGAAUUAGCUGGACUAAAAUUGACGUGGGAAACGACAGUGGCUGAUAUGCGACCUAAACUAGAAAUGAUUCUUCAUUACGAAAAUAAAGGAUUUGAAGUAUCAUUAACAAAAAGGGACGAUAUAAUUGAUUUUGAACCACCAUUUCAAAGUUUUAGAACAAAUCUUUGCCAAAUUUUAGAUGAUAUGGUUGAAGCUGUUAAAACAAUUCCUAGAUUAGAAAGCCAAUUGUAUUUGGAUUAUCAAUUUGAAAUUCCAGUGAUUUCGGAAAGUAUCGUACAAGGUUAUCGACAACAAAUUCAAGAUUUACUCGAAGAUCAAAGAAUAGGUCCAGAACUUCGCGUUCAAGAUUUUGAUAAAUACAUGUCUCUUUUAAACGGCGACGCAAACAUUAAUAUUAUUCAGUUCAUGUCCGACAAUCAUCCAUUCGAAGAUUAUUGUGAUCAAGUUAUAUAUUUUGAAGAUAUGGAACAAAACCUUCCCGAGUAUGUCGAACAUAUUGUUACUAUUGGAAUGUACGAUAUGAUACGAGAUGAUUUCAUCAAAACCUUGGUAAUUUCAGCUGGAAAUUUUAAAGAUAUAUUAAUACAAGCACUAAUAAAGGAAUAUCAAACUAUAUGUAGAAAGUUGGGACUUGAAUACGAAACUAUUGCAAACAGACUAUUAACUGUGCCACAAACCACCGAAGAACUUAUGGAUUUAAUAGCUUAUGCAAACAACGUAGAGACGGUUAAGUUAUAUCAAAUGGAAGAUCGUUUAAGAAUUAUCUUGAGAUACAUGAUAUUUUUAUGCGAUCACAUACCAUAUAGUUCUGCUGAAAUAAAACAGAACAACAUAACUUUCUGCUGGUAUCUUCGAAUGCCGAAAAUCAUGGAUGAACACCGGGAAAUGGUAGAAGUAAAAACGGUGGAGUUUCAGGAACUUCUUACCGUACGCAUUCAGAAAUUCCGAGAUGAUCUUGCAAUAUAUGCGAAAAUGGUCGAUGAAUUGCAAUAUAACGGCGAUAUCGAUGAGUUACCUAAAUACUACAAAAAAGCUAAUCAACUAGAUGCAAAAUUGGUGUCUGCUAUGGAAAAAAUAGAUCAAUUUAAUCAAGAAGAGACUGCUUUUAAUUAUGAAACCACACAAUAUCCAGAAAGAAAAGUAAUUCACGACAAUUUAACCCCUUUCAAAAAACUAUACGAUAACGCAACAGAAUUCAUAUCAAAACAUGAUAAGUGGAUGAACUCAAAAGUUGGUACCUUCCCACCUGAUGAUAUUGACACUGAUACUCAAACUCUUUAUCGAAAUAUUUAUAAAUUGGAGAAGACGUUUAGUGAUAAACCGGAUACGGAACAUUUAGCCCAAACUGUUCGCGAAAAAAUUGAAGGUUUCAAGGAGCACAUGCCAGUAAUUCAAACGCUUGGAAAUCCCGGAUUGAAAGAACGUCAUUGGGAACAAAUUUCUGAGAUCGUUGGAUUUCCAAUCAAACCAGAUGCCGAUUUAACACUCGCUAAAAUUAUUGACUAUGGUUUAGAUGAUUACAUUAGUAUGUUUGAAAGUAUUUCCGAAGCUGCUUCUAAAGAAAAUAAUUUGGAGAAGAAUUUGGCGAAAAUGAAAGCCGAAUGGGAUGGAGUUGAAUUUAGUGUUUUAGUUUAUAAGGAUACAGGAACAUAUAUUAUAUCAUCUGUCGAUGAAAUCCAAGUACAACUCGAUGAUCACAUCAUUAAAACACAAACAAUUAAAGGUUCACCUUAUAUUAAACCGUUUGAAAAAGAGACUUUAGAAUGGGAAGCAAAAUUGCAACUUCUACAAGAAAUCAUCGAUCAAUGGCUAAAAGUUCAGUCCACUUGGAUGUAUUUAGAACCCAUCUUUUCUUCGCCAGACAUUCAACAGCAAAUGCCUGAAGAAGGGCGAAGAUUUACAGUAGUUGAUAAGAUUUGGAGAGAAGUGAUGAAAACCGUGUACGCUGAACCAACAGUAUUAUCGGUAACUUUAAUUGAUAAACUUCUCGAACGGAUGAAGAAGAGCAACAAUUUAUUAGACCUGAUCCAAAAAGGGUUAAACGAUUACUUAGAAAAGAAGCGGUUGUAUUUUCCGAGAUUCUUCUUCCUCUCCAACGAUGAAUUAUUGGAGAUCUUAUCAGAAACAAAAGAUCCCACAAGAGUGCAACCUCAUUUGAAGAAAUGCUUUGAAGGUAUAGCCAAACUAACUUUUACUGAAGAUUUAGAUGUUACUCAUAUGAGAUCUAGUGAAGGAGAAUACGUUCCAUUAGUUGAUGUGAUCCAAACUUCUUUAGCAAGGGGACAAGUUGAAAAAUGGCUUUUAGACCUUGAAAAAGAUAUGAAAAAAUCUGUUUACCAAGCUGUAGCUGGUGCUGUAGCAGAUUAUCCGACGAAAGACAGAGACGUGUGGGUGUUAAUUUGGCCUGGUCAAGUAGUUCAAUCGAUAGCUAUGAACUAUUGGACCGUAGAAGUCCACGAAGCGAUACUUGUAUCAUUAGAAGAGAUGUCUAAUUAUCUGAAACAUUGUAACAUGCAAAUUAUGAAAAUAGUCGAUUUGGUUAGAGGAAAACUCAGCCUACAAAAUCGUAUUACAUUAGGAGCAUUGGUCGUGCUUGACGUUCACGCUAGGGAUGUGCUAACAGAAAUUAUAGGCCUUAAAGUGGUUAGUAUUAGUGAUUUUAACUGGUUGUGUCAAUUAAGAUAUUACUGGGAGAACAAGCAACUCCUUACCAAAAUGAUUAAUUCAACAUUACCGUAUGGAUAUGAAUACUUAGGAAAUGUG